GCCGUCUAUUGUAUGGUAAAUGAAAUCCAACACAACCUUCUCGGCUUUACCCAAAGUAUUGUGUUCCCCUUGAAUCUUCUGUUCCGUUAUUACCAAUGACAAUACACAUCGUUGAGGUUUCACAAGUCACCCCCGCUCCCAACUCAGACUCCGUCCUAAACUCCGCCAACUCGUUAGCAAUCCCAUUGAAUUUCUUUGAUCUACCAUGGCUAGUGUUCCAGCCAGCCAAGCGAGUAUUCUUCUACAGACUUAUCGAGUCGACUCGUGAGCAUUUCCACUCAUUCAUCCUCCCUAAGCUCAAGCUCUCCCUUUCCCUCGUCCUCCGCGACUACCUCCCUCUCUGCGGCCGCAUCACUUGGGAGCUAAACGAGCCCAAACCUAGCAUUGUCGUCUCUCAAAACGACGCCAUUUUGGUUACCAUAGCUGAAACUGACGCUGAUUUCUCUCUUCUUUCCGGUUAUGGACAACGUCCAGCUUCCGAGUUACACACUCUGAUACCCGAAGUACUGGUUUCCGAUGAUUCAGCGACGGUCUUGUCUCUUCAAAUCACGUUGUUCCCAGACCAAGGAUUCUCCAUUGGCGUCGCGGCACACCACGGCGUUUCAGACGGGAAAACGUCAACCAUGUUCAUCAAAGCUUGGGCUCACGUGUGCAAACAACACCUCGAAGAAAACAAUGUCAUCUUCUCUCUACCGGAGACUCUAACUCCGUCUCUUGAUCGGUCGUUGAUCAAAGAUACAACAGGACUCGAUGAACAGAUGCUCAAGAUCGUGAGAUCUCUCAAACAAGGCAAACUCAUCGGGAGCAGAAGCCUGAGUCCUAUUCCUGCAUGGGAACUUGGAGACGACUUCUUUUUCUCCACGCUAGUCCUGUCACGCGGUGACGUCGAAAGACUCCGAGAGCGAGUCAAGACCACGUCAUCACCACCAAGUCAGCUCCACCUGUCGACUUUCGUCAUCGCCUACGCUUACGUGUGGACAUGCCUCGUGAAGGCGCGUGAAGGAAACAUGGAGAGACCCGUGAGUUUCCUCUUCGUUGCGGAUUUUAGAGAGCGACUUGACCCGCCGCUUCCGCCGACUUACUUCGGAAACUGCAUGUUUCCGGCGGGUAGCUACGACAGCAAGACGGCGGGGGAUUUUGCGGGAGAAGGAGGAUUUGUAACAGCGGUGGAGAUACUCAGCGGUUUGGUGAAAGGGUUUAGUUCAAGAAAGAUAGAGACGAUUGCGGAAGAAUACAAGAUGGUAUUUGAUUACGCGGAAGUGUCCUCACAGUUCGGGGCGGUUGCCGGGUCGACCCGGUUGUGUGUGUACGAGUCGUAUUUCGGGUGGGGAAGACCCGUUAAGGUUGAUGCUGUCUCCAUUGAUGGAAACAAAAUCUCAAUGGCAGAGAGACGCGACGAAUCAGGUGGCAUCGAGAUCGGAAUGUGCAUGAAUAAGGCUGAACUUGACAUCGUCCUUGCUUUGUUCAAAAAUGGUUUACAAAACUAAACGUUAAGCUUAAGCUUAUUGUUCUUGUUUCUUGUAAUGCUUUUGAUUACUCACCGUCAGUUUCCUACAUUGUUUUUUCGAUAAAGGUUAAGCUUAGCUCAUUGAGUUGUUCUUGUUUCUUGUAAUGCUUUUGAUUACUCAAACCACAAGUGUUAUUGCAACGUGCUUUAUUUAUG